GGGGUGGCAUCACACGCACCGUUCCAUGCCACAAGCAAAGCUCGAGAACCCAGCUGAACAGAACAACACCAUCACAGCUCAAAACAUGAAGCUCGUGCUUCUCCUCCCUGCCCUUCUCCUCCUCCUCGUCCAAGCACAAGGGGCGAGGCCGGCCGCGAGCCCAAAUCCAAAGAAGUGCACGGCGUCGAGCGUGGCGGUGGAGCAGAGCAACACGGGUGAGAAGGCCGGGUUCGACCCUGUGUUCGAGGUGGAGGUGCGCAACACCUGCGGGUGCGCCGUCCGCGCCGUGUACCUCCGCUCCGAGGGCUUCGCGAGCUCCGUCGCCGUCGACCCGCGCCUGUUCCGCCGGGAAGGCCGCGACUACCUCGUCGGCGACGGCGGCCGGAUCGAGCCCAACUCGGCCGUGCGGUUCAGCUACGCCUGGGACCGCGCCUUCCGGAUGACGGCCGCCGCCGUGCACGACGACUGCUCCUGAUCGGUCUCCGGCGAAAGCGAGCUGACAAAUUUGCCUGGCAAUCCAAAAAGGAGUACUGCGCAGUUGAACCUUACUUCUCCGAGUGAAGUGCAAUAGCACCUGUAACGAGAUCGUUUUUCUUUCCAGUCCCUGGAGAUACUCGUCUGACAGUGAGAUCACUUUAUAAAACACAUGUUCUCAGCUUUUUAAUUCGCAAAAAAAAGUUUAGUGUUUGUUAAGUAGUUGAUUAGCUUUACGAAGUUCAUUAGCUUGAUGAAUCAUACUAGUACUAGUUGUUGAGUAUGUUUGUCUGUGCGCGUGUCCAAGGCUCCAAGCAUCCAUGUACGAACCGGAAUCUUAUGAACAAAAAGGAUAAGCGAGAGGAUCCAAUUUUUCGCUGCA